AUGCGGCCGGCCCCAGCCCCCGUUCGGGGUCGCAGCCAGCCCCAGGCCGGGGUGCAAGCUCCCCGGGGAAGCCGCGGCUUCUCCCCGUAUGGCCGGGCCCGGGCGGGCUGGCCGGGCGCCAGGGAGCAGGCAGACGGGCGGAGACUACCAGCCCUGCGCGCACACACAGCCCGCAGCUCUGUCUCCGCGCCGUGUAAUCCCAGCGCUCAGCCCUGCUGCACCCCCUCAUUAAAAACCCGGAGAUUUCCUCCUCCUCCUCCGCUCUCCGAGGAAAACAACGCCUGCCACCGCCUGAACCCGGGCACCGCCGCCCGCCCCGCACCGCCCGCCCGGGGGCCGCCCGGGGGGCCCUGCGCUCCCCGCCGCUCGGCCCCUGCCUCCCCGCGGGAGGCUGGUGCUCACCCCCCCGUAUCCCAGGGGGCCGGGGCUGGCUGCGGCUCUCCCGGCCCCCGUCCCCGUCUCCCGUCCCUGGGGGGCUGUUGCUCCCCCGCUGCCGGGGCGGCUGCUCGCCUUCCCCCCCCCCCCCCCCCCCCCCGCGCCCUGCUUUUAUCCAUCCCGAGGGCGAGGGUGGGGUGCGCCGAGCCGGAGCUCCCCGCACCGGGAUACCCCGGGAGCCGAAUCACCUGCCUCCUCCGGAGCCGGGCGAUUAAUUUAAUGCGAUACAGAGCGGGUUCCGUCCCGGCCCCUCCUCGGUGGGGAGAUCUCCGCCGGGCUCUCUCCCCGCAGCCGCGGCGCGGAGGAGGGGCACGGCACGGAACGGCACGGAGCGGCACGGCGAGGCGGGCUGGCAUCCUCCGAGCGAGCACCGGCUCUCCCGGCGGCGCCCGGGGAAACCUUCCCCGCCCCGGUAGCAGCAGCGGCGGCGACGGCGGCAGCUCCGAUCGGAGUCGCACAAGCAGCCGCCGCGCAGACCUGCUCGGUGCCCGGGGGCGGCUGCGAGGCGGGCGGGGGCCGAGCCGUGCCUGGCGAGGGGAUUUGCUGGGUCGUUGGCUGCGCCUGGGGAAAGGCGGGAUAAAUGCAGGGAACCAAAGUCGUGUGGGCUGCAGCCGCCGAGCUUCGUUAGCUGCCGAUGUGACUGUGAAGAUAAAACGCUCCACAAUAACUCGAGCGCGAAAGAGCGCCGGGGAUGGGGACGCGCAGUCCCCGCCGGCCCCGGCCCCCGGCCCCGGCCCCGGCCCUCCGCCCCCGCCGUGCCCCGCGCCCUCGGCCCCGCGGCGGAAGGUGCCCGGGGAGCCUCAGACCGUGCUAACGGCUCGGCCUUGGGACUCCGCCAAGUUUCUCUGA